AAGUAGUGGAAAUUCUAAAAAAAAAAGAACAGAAUUAGUAGCUUUUAGUAGUUGAAAUCUAAAAAAAAUUACCCAAAUAGUUCUAUUUAUAAAAAUAUUCGGUUGCUAAGCAUCUACGAAAAGUUGUUUACUCGUAUUCUGUGUAUACAAGUAGCUUUCUCUCAUUGCGUUGCGAGAGAAAAAAAACGGAAGUAUUUAAAAAAAAUGUGUUUAUGUUUGGGUCCAGUAAAGUCUGGAAAAACAUUAUUAAUGAAACGACUUCAAGGCGAUAUUGUCGAUGACGCAACACAAACAAUUGCCACGAAUGGAAUGAAUUUAUUUCUCGUCAAAAAAGAACCAGGACAACAACAAUCUGGAAUAAUUAUCAGAGAAAUUGGCGGUCACAUGGCUCCCUUAUGGAAAUAUUAUUUGGAAGGGGUGCAUAAAAUCAUUUACGUAAUGGACGCAAGUAAUCUCUGUCAAAUAAGCGCAGUUGGAAUUUUACUCUAUUCAUUAUUAGUAAAUCCAAAACUAUCAAAAGCAUCAUUUGCAUUAGUUUUAUCAAAAAUGGAUCUUUCCUAUCGGCAAAUGCGCAACGAAGCCCUCCUUGUUCUUCACAUGACGCGCCUUCAACGUGAAACCCCACAAAAUAUCACCAUCAUCGAAACAAGCAGUGUCACCGGCCAAGGAAUUGAAGAACUUCGAAAAUGGAUUUUCCAAAAAUCGAAAAAUCUCACAAAAAACAAAUCCCAAGAAAUAGUCAAAAUUUAAAACUUAAAAAAAAUAAAAAAUUUUUUUUUAAACAGGCUUCACAGUGCCCCUAAAAAGUA